CCUUACAAAGGGAAAACAUCUCGCGAGCAGGGUUGUGUUUUGAAAGCUUCACGGACGCUAUUUUACGCUAAAUUAGUUUAAACUAAAACGCGGAAGAGUGUAAACACAACAAGGACUACGGCACUUGUCGAUGAAGCACGACGUUUAUCAGCGCACGCGACCACUGACGUGAGAAAAGACACUUCGUUGUGGAGUCUUUUCCUUUUUCUAUGAUAUCCCCAAAUCAAGAAGGAAGAACCAGCACAGAUGUAACAUCGGAAUACCUGGGAUUUUGCACACAGCGAUGUUAAAAUGUGGGCUGUUGUCAGUGGAGUACGUGAGGGAUAACGCUUCAUAAUGGGAUGAUGUUUAAUGCUGGAUGUCAUACUCCUGCUGUUAGCAUCAUAAUCCUCAGAUUUUAUCUUCUGGAUACUGCUGUGAUGAACUGAGAGUUUCUUCAUGAGGUUCCCUCUGAAAAGAGGGAGUGAAAGUUACAUCAAUCUCACACAGUCCCAAACAUCUAAUAAUAACAGACCUCAACUCAUGUAGUUCACUGACUGAAGUGUGAAAAUGGAUAAACUGACCAUUAUUUCAGGAUGUCUCUUUCUUGCAGCUGAUAUUUUUGCUAUUGCAAGUAUCGCAAAUCCAGACUGGAUCAAUACAGGAGGUCAAGAGGGGGCUCUGACUGUGGGUCUAGUCAAGCAAUGCCAGACCAUCCAUGGUCGAAACAGGAUAUGUAUCUCCCCAAGCCUUCCUCCAGAAUGGGUCACAACCCUGUUCUUUAUUAUCUUGGGCAUCGUAUCGCUCACCAUCACAUGUGGCCUGCUUGUGAUCUCCCACUGGCGACGAGAGGCAACAAAGUAUGCCCGCUGGAUUGCCUUUAUGGGAAUGGUCCUCUUCUGCAUGGCCGCUCUCAUAUUUCCAGUUGGGUUUUAUAUCAAUCAAGUAGGAGGACAACCUUACAAAUUACCCAAUAAUACUGUUGUUGGGUCCUCAUAUGUACUGUUUGUUUUAUCAAUAUUUUUUACAAUAGUUGGACUUCUUUUUGCAGGUAAAGUGUGCCUGCCUGGCUGACAAAACCUACAUUUUUAGAUUUAAAAAAUGCUGCAUAUCUGAAUUUCUUCACUUUUUUUAAAUGUCAGUUUGUUUAAACCGGCGAAAGAAAAAAAGGGACAACUUUUGACACCAAAAGGUGUUUUCGUGGGUCUCAUUAUUUGUUAGAAUGAUAUCAUGGUCAUUAAAAGAUCUUCAUAAGUGAUAUUAUAUGGUCAGCUAGUUGUUAAUGCUAAAUAAAUUACCCUUGUGUCACCCAAAGGAGUUAUUCCACAAUAAUGACCAGCUGUUGGUACAUUAUCAUGUUUAAAGUAGGGCUGUUUACCAAAUAAAUAAAUAAAUAAAUAUAUGAACAUAAAAUAUUCCUUGGAUUAGAUUUUUACAAAUAAAUUUUACCUGUUUAAAAUAGGCUUUAUACUGAAUGUCGCAUGAAGAACAGGAAAACUGGUCACAUCUUAUCCACUGGUCAUUGGCGAUAUGGACUUGCUAACCUAGCAUGAUCUUUGUUUAGAGCCUAUUCACAACGUGUCAUCAGUUGACCAUAUUGGAGGCACAGAACCUAAACAAUACCUCUAAACUGAAUAAAACUUGCACAAUCUUGUCUAAUCUAGUUCAAUGAUUUAUGCCAAGCUAAAAGUGUUCCUGCUAGACCAGGAGAUUCUCUGAGUGGAUUCAGAAAUGAAUAAGCUCAACUGUUUAACUCUAGGGGAGUUGUUAAAUGAGCCUACUUCCAAAAAUGUGGAGCGUCCUUUUAAUGAUUAAUGGAGGGUAAAGAAGUGUUUGUAUGAUGUGUCACAAAAUGUCUUUACCAUUUCUAUGUAAUUACAACACAGUGUGAAUACACCUU